GCGCGCGCUCUAGGUGAACUGUUUUUGUUUUAUGGUUGUAUUUUUAGGUAGCGGGCUGGGAAAACAUUAGAAGUUAAAGCCGGUGCAUGCGUUUUGAAAUUAUUAAAUAAAAAUUCGAUAUCGUAUAACCUUGCUGCAUUGCAUUAAAAUAUAGAAAAGAUUGUGUGCAGCUAGCUAGCAAGCUUGUUAGCUAUCUGAUGCAUGAUCGGCCGUACUUAGUUUACUGGACAUCUAGCUAUCAUUAGCUUGCAAGCUCGCUUGCAAAUACGCAGGACAAAAUGGGUUAUUUGAAACUGAUAGAAAUAGAGAAUUUCAAGUCCUACAAAGGUCGGCAAAUAAUCGGACCUUUUCACAAGUUCACUGCGAUCAUCGGGCCAAAUGGAUCGGGCAAAUCAAAUCUUAUGGAUGCCAUUAGUUUUGUUCUUGCGGAAAAAACCAGCAACCUGCGCGUGAAGACUCUGAAAGAUCUGAUCCACGGGGCACCUGUAGGUAAACCUGCGGCCAACCGCGCCUUCGUGAGCAUGGUGUACCGGGAGGACAACGGCGAGGAGCGCACCUUCACCCGGGUCAUCAUAGGUGCCUCCUCUGAAUACCGCAUCAACAGUAAAGUGGUGGGGCUGUCCGAGUAUAGCGAGGAGCUGGAGAAGCUGGGCAUUCUCAUCAAGGCCCGGAACUUCUUGGUGUUCCAGGGAGCAGUGGAGUCCAUUGCCAUGAAGAACCCGAAGGAGCGGACGGCUCUGUUUGAGGAGAUCUCGCGCUCGGGGGAGCUGGCUCAGGAGUACGACCGCAGGAAGAAGGAGAUGGUGAAAGCGGAAGAGGACACGCAGUUCAACUACCACCGCAAGAAGAACAUUGCUGCCGAGCGCAAGGAGGCAAAGCAGGAGAAGGAAGAGGCGGAGCGAUACCAGAGACUGAAGGAUGAGGUGGUGAGAGCCCACGUGCAGAUGCAGCUCUUCAAACUCUACCACAAUGAGGCAGAGAUUGAGAAACUCAACCGUGAGCUCUCCCACCGCAACCGCGAGAUUGAUAAGGACCGCAAACGAAUGGACCGCGUCGAGGAGGAGCUGAAGGAGAAGAAGAAAGAGCUCGGAAGGAUGAUGAGGGAGCAGCAGACUGUGGAGAAAGAGAUCAAGGAGAAGGAUGCAGAGCUGAACCAGAAGAGGCCGCAGUACAUCAAAGCCAAGGAGAACACGUCCCACAAGAUCAAGAAGCUGGAGGCGGCGCGGAAAUCCCUGCAGAGCGCCCAGAAGACCUACAAGAAGCGCAAGGCUGACAUGGAGGAGCUGGAGAAGGAGCAGGGAGCCGUGGAGACCGCUCGACAGGAGUUUGAGGAGCGCAUGGAGGAGGAGGCCCAGAGCCAGGGCCAGGACCUCACCCUGGAGGAGAACCAGGUGAAACAGUACCACCGUCUGAAGGAGGAGGCCAGUAAACGGGCCGCCACCCUGGCCCAGGAGCUCGAGAAGUUCAACCGCGACCAGAAAGCCGACCAGGACCGACUGGACCUGGAGGAGCGAAAGAAAGUGGAGACAGAGGCCAAAAUUAAGCAGAAGAUCAGAGAGAUUGAGGAGAACCAGAAACGCAUUGAGAAGCUGGAAGACUACAUCUCCACCAGCAGGCAAUCUCUGGAGGAGCAGAAGCGCAUGGAGGAGGAGCUGACCGAGGAGGUGGAGCAGGCCAAGAGGAGGAUUGAUGAGAUCAACAUGGAACUCAACCAGGUCAUGGAACAGCUGGGAGACGCCAGGAUCGAUCGACAGGAGAACAGCAGGCAGCAGCGCAAAGCAGAGAUCAUGGAGAGCAUCAAGAGACUCUACCCUGGAUCUGUGUACGGCAGGCUGAUUGACCUGUGCCAGCCCACGCAGAAGAAGUAUCAGAUUGCUGUCACCAAGGUCCUGGGGAAGAACAUGGACGCCAUCAUUGUGGACUCUGAGAAGACGGGCCGUGACUGCAUCCAGUACAUAAAGGAGCAGCGCGGAGAGCCUGAGACCUUCCUGCCCCUGGACUACCUGGAGGUGAAGCCGACCGACGAGAAGCUGCGGGAGUUGCGGGGGGCCAAGCUGGUGAUCGACGUGAUUCGCUACGAGCCGCCGCACAUCAAGAAGGCGCUGCAGUACGCCUGUGGGAACGCGCUCGUGUGCGAGAACGUUGAGGACGCCCGCAGGAUUGCCUUCGGCGGACCCUACAGACACAAGACGGUAGCUCUGGAUGGGACUCUGUUCCAGAAGUCAGGUGUGAUAUCCGGAGGGGCCAGCGACCUGAAGGCCAAGGCCAGGCGCUGGGACGAGAAGGCUGUGGACAAACUGAAGGACAGAAAGGAGAAACUCACAGAGGAGCUGAAGGAGCAAAUGAAGGCUAAGAGGAAGGAGGCGGAGCUCCGUCAGGUGCAGUCUCAGGCUCACGGGCUGCAGAUGAGACUGAAAUACUCCCAGAGCGACUUGGAGCAGACCAAGACUCGCCACCUGUCCCUCAACAUGCAGGAGAAGUCAAAGUUGGAGAGUGAGCUAGCCAAUUUUGGGCCUCGAAUCAAUGACAUCAAGAGGAUCAUCCAGUCUCGGGAGAGAGAUAUUAAAGAGCUCAGAGAUCGCAUGAACUUGGUGGAGGAUGAGGUGUUUGUGGAGUUCUGUGAGGAGAUCGGCGUGAGAAACAUCAGGGAGUUUGAGGAGGAGAAAGUCAAGAGGCAGAACGAGAUCGCCAAGAAGCGGCUGGAGUUUGAGACCCAGAAGACCCGACUGGGGAUUCAGCUGGACUACGAGAAGAACCAGCUGAAGGAGGACCAGGAGAAGGUUCAGAUGUGGGAGCAGACAGUGAAGAAGGAUGAGAGUGAGAUUGAGAGACUAAAGAAGGAGGAGCAGAGGCAUAUGAAGAUCAUAGAUGAGACUAUGGCACAGCUGCAGGACCUGAAGAAUCAGCACCUCACCAAGAAGUCUGAGGUCAAUGACAAGAACCACGAGAUGGAGGAGAUCCGCAAGAAGCUGGGCGGUGCCAACAAGGAGUUGACACAGCUGCAGAAAGAGGUGACCGCCAUAGAGACCAAGCUGGAGCAGAAGCGAAGCGACAGACACAACCUGCUGCAGGCCUGCAAGAUGCAGGACAUACGACUUCCCCUCAAAUCUGGAACCAUGGACGACAUCAGCCAGGGGGAGGGGAGCUCGCAGACUGAAGAGUCCAUGAGCAGUCAGAAGACCUCCAGCACCGUGCUGGCCAAAGAAGCCCUGAUUGAGAUUGACUACAGCAAUCUGUCGGAGGAUCUGAAGGACGCGCUGUCUGAUGAAGAGAUAAAGGCGGAGAUGAACAGCCUGCAGCAGCGCCUGAAUGAGCAGCAGAGCAUCCUGCAGAGGAUCAGCGCCCCCAACAUGAAGGCCAUGGAAAAGCUGGAGAGCGUGAGGGACAAGUUCCAGGAGACCAGUGAUGAGUUUGAGGCAGCGCGCAAGCGGGCGAAGAAGGCCAAGCAGGCCUUUGAGCAGAUAAAGAAGGAGAGAUUCGACCGCUUCAAUGCCUGCUUCGAGUCUGUCGCCACUAACAUCGAUGAGAUCUACAAGGCCCUAUCCCGCAACAGCAGCGCCCAGGCGUUUUUGGGGCCAGAGAAUCCAGAGGAGCCAUAUUUAGAUGGGAUAAACUACAACUGUGUGGCUCCAGGGAAGAGAUUCAGGCCGAUGGAUAACCUGUCUGGAGGAGAGAAGACUGUCGCUGCCCUGGCCCUGCUCUUCGCUAUACACAGCUACAAGCCUGCUCCAUUCUUUGUCCUGGAUGAGAUUGAUGCUGCCCUGGACAACACAAACAUUGGCAAGGUGGCCAACUACAUAAAGGACCAGUCGGUGCAGAACUUCCAGGCCAUUGUCAUCUCUCUCAAAGAGGAGUUUUACACCAAGGCUGACUCUCUCAUUGGCGUGUACCCUGAGCAAGGAGACUGCGUCAUCAGCAAAGUGCUGACCUUUGACCUCUCUCAGUAUCCUGACGCCAACCCUAACCCCAAUGAAUAGGAGACUGAACCUCCGUGAGCACCUGUUGUUCUGAACACACUCGGCUGCCGUUAACCAGGAGAGCUGAGAUAGUGUUAUCCAUGGUGUGUUAGGGACCAUGUGUCAUAUGUGCAGCCAUGUGUGUAUGCUGUACAUGUGUUCACUUCCUGUCAUUUACAUUUGUGGCUUUUUUCUAGUCAUGCUUGUGCAUUUUUAUCAUGUAGAAUUGAGAACUGUAUGAAUUUUUCUUUUUUGGGGGGGCGGGGGGUUGUGGUGGGGUAGGGUGCUGUUGGGAUCAGCAGCUGGAACCAGUGGCUAUUUGAAUUUUGUAUCAUUUUCAGAACUGUCUUCUAAGGUUUCUGUGCCGAAUUAUAAUUCCUUUACACUUCCUGUGUGUUCAGCCCAAAGCUAGGCAAUCAUGCUCUUGCAUUUUCUGUGACUGUUUUCUGUGUACCUUUUUGUUUUUUUCUAUGUCCUUCUGUGUUAGGAGGUUCUAAGGUAAUGGUAGGACGGUAGCUUUCAUGAGUAUGUGGAACCAUGUAUUAUAGAGUCUGUCAAGGGUGGCCAUGACUGACUCCAGAAUGUCAUGCCUCCCUCAACUGUGAUUUUAAUAUCAUGAUUAAUAAAGUUCUUUUUAGUUUCUCCUGCUUCUUUUAAUAAAAUAAAGUGCUUAAGUGUUUGA